AUGGCAUCACUCGUAAGAGAUGUUCUCUUAUUAAUUUUUACUGAAUUAAAUGAUCUUGAUUCUUUGCAUUCAUGUAGUUUAGUAAAUAAAAACUGGUGUCAAGUGGCUGUACCUUUGCUAUGGAAAUCUUUUUCAGAUACUUACGAAAAUCCUUACAAUUAUAAACGAGAAUCACGUAAAAAAUUUUACAAUGUUAUCGCCCACUUUCUACCAAAUAAUCCAAAAGAUCUUUUGCCACAAAAUAAUAUUUUAUUACCUUUAAAUAAAUUUCCAAAAGAACCAAUGUUCAAAUACAUGGAUUUUCUCACUAGUCUCUCGACAGUAUGGAUUGAAGAUAUGGCAAAACUAUUAAUAAAUGACGAAGUUGGGUCUAAAUACAAAGAAAGAAUAUUAGAAUUUGAAAUUUACAAAUUAAUUUUUAAUAGAUGUAAUAAUGCAAAGAAUUUCCAUUGGUAUACCAAAAAGAGACUAUAUCGGUAUCCAAAUGCAAAAAUUUUUUUUUCAAAAUUACGUUCCCUCGAAAUAUCCCCUAGAGGUAUAACCUCAAAAACACUAAUCAAACUUGGCAAGAUUUGCCAAAAUUUAACAAACUUGGAGAUACAUAUGUGUGAUGAGGAUACUCCAGGUUUAGCCUCAUUCAUCAAAAUACAAAAAAAAUUGCAGUCAUUAUGUCUAGAAUUUGAUGAAGAGAAUGAUGAGGUAGAAGAACAAUACAUAUUACUAGGCAACAUUAUUGAAAAAAAGGCUGCAACAUUAAAAAAAGUUAUAAUACAACCCAUUAUCACAUUAAUUUCACCUAUAUUUGUUCUAUCAUUAAAAAAUAUACAAUAUUUAGCUCUUAGUAAUGAAUAUGGUGAAUUAUAUGAAAAUGUUGAGUUGUGUGAAUGGAAACGCUACUUAAACAUGGCAUCUUUUCCAGAUCUUCAAUAUCUUGAGACAACAUGUUUACCAAGCAGUAUUACAUGUUUAAUAAUUGAAAAAUCUGGGAGAAACAUUUUAGAAAUUAAUAUACAUUCUCCACUUGAAUCUGAAUCUGACAAUAGAAAGUUAAUUGAGGUGAUAUCAAUAUAUUGCCCAAAACUAAUAAAAUUAACUGUGAAUGUUGACUAUAAAAACUUGGGAGAAAUGAGCAAGAUUUUUUCAAGUUGCAAGCAGUUGGAGAAAUUAUUUCUUACAACAAAUGUUAAUAUAUUACCAAAUGGAGAUGAAUUAUUAAGAGUAAUGAGCGAAGCGUCACCUAUGGUUUUACAAGAAUUUAAAUUUGGAGACAAAUGGAAUUUUUCAUUGAAAGGGUUGGAAUCAUUUUUUGAAACUUGGAAAUCUAAAAAUAGACCACCAAUUAAAUUUAACCAUAAUUGGGAUGAAUUGGUUUAUUCGUGGACGGAUGAUCAUGAUAAGAUGGUGGAAAAAUAUAUGAAAGUGUAA